GAGGUGGAGCCGCGGGGCUGCGGGUGCGGGGCUGCGGGUGCGGGGUGCGGGCUCGGGCGCCUGCGUCUGUCUGCCCAGUGCCGCCCGGCCAGCCCGGCUUGGCUCCGGCUGGGCUCCGGCUCCGCCAGAGGUUGCACCGGCGCCUGGAGGCCCCGAAGCGGAGCGUGGGAGGGAGGGAGAUGGGAAGCUCCGGGCCCCCGUCGCUGCCGGCUCCGGAGCCCCGAGACCUUCCCACUUAGAUCCUGUCCCCCAUCAGUGACAGAGACCGACACGGACCCACCCCCAAGCCCAAAGCGAUGGCUAACGGAUUGAUCCCACCUCCCGGGGGCGCCUCUCCGCUACCCCAGGUUCGGGUGCCAUUGGAAGAGCCCCCCCUGAGCCCUGACAGAGAAGAAGAUGAUGACUUGGGAAAGACCUUGGCUGUCCGAAGGUUUGGGGACCUGAUCAGCAAACCCCCUGACUGGGACCCUGAAAAACCAAGCCGGAGCUACAGCGAGAGAGACUUUGAGUUUCACCGUCACACAUCCCACCACACACACCACCCGCUGUCAGCUCGACUGCCUCCCCCACACAAGUGUCGUCGGCUGUCCACCACCUCUGCCCGUCGGGACAGAAGAAAGGGGAGGAAGGAGAAAACCUCUGCUCCCCCGUCUGAAGGGACCCCUCCCAUCCAAGAGGAAGGGGGAGUUGGGGCAGAGGAGGAAGAGGAGGAGGAGGAGGAGGAGGAGGAAGAAGGGGAGUCUGAGGCAGAGACUUUGGACCAGGAACCCUUGCCUUCAGGGUCCUCAAGCAGAGCCAAGUUCUCCAUUGGGAGUGAUGAUGAUGACAGUGUGGGCAACCCACGGAAGAGUCUCUCCACAAAGUCCUUGUCUCAGCCUGGACUGGGCCUGGACCGUGACUCUGAACACUCCAGCAGUCCCCCCGUUCCCUGGCCCCGGACCCCUCGAGCCAUGGAUGAGAAGGCCAGGCCGUGGAGUCCAUCGGCAAGUUAUGACCUGCGGGAGCGUCUGCGCCCUGGUAGUGCCUUGGAAAGCCGGGGCAGCCUGGAACAGCAGGUGCCCACCGAUGAGGCUGAGGCUCAGAUGCUUGGUUCUGCUGACCUGGAUGACAUGAAGAGUCAUCGGUUGGAGGACAACCCCGGGGUUCGGAGGCAUCUGGUGAAGAAGCCCUCCCGGACCCAGAUUGGGAGAAGUAGCCCAGGAGGCUUGGCUCCUAUUUUGAGGAGGAAAAAGAAAAAAAAGAAACUGGAUCGGAGACCUCAUGAGGUGUUUGUGGAACUGAAUGAGCUCAUGCUGGAUAAGGCCCAGGAGCCUCAAUGGCGUGAGACUGCUCGCUGGAUCAAGUUUGAGGAGGAUGUGGAAGAGGAGACCAAGCGUUGGGGCAAGCCCCACGUCGCUUCACUGUCUUUCCGCAGCCUUCUGGAGCUCAGGAAAACCAUCGCCCAUGGGGCCACCCUCUUGGACCUAGAGCAGACUACCCUGCCUGGCAUCGCACACCUUGUAGUGGAAACGAUGAUUGUGUCAGACCAAAUCCGGCCUGAGGACCGAGCAAGUGUACUGCGUACAUUGUUACUAAAACACAGCCACCCUAAUGAUGACAAAGAGGGAAGCUUUUUCCCCCGAAACCCAUCAAGCUCCAGCGUGAACUCCAUGCUGGGGAAUCAUCACCCACCUCCAGGCCACAUUCCUGACACUGCAGCCCCCACCAUGGGAGAUGACCUCAGUGAACCGGCUCCACUCUGGCCCCAUGAUCCUGACGGCAGAGAGAAGCCCCUGCACGUCCCUGGGGGAGAUGGCCACCGAGGGAAAAGCCUGAAGCUUCUGGAGAAGAUACCCGAGGAUGCUGAAGCCACAGUUGUGCUUGUGGGCUCUGUCCCUUUUUUGGAACAGCCUGCUGCGGCUUUUGUCCGGCUGAACGAGGCCGUGCUCCUGGAAUCUGUCCUUGAGGUCCCCGUGCCCGUCCGUUUCAUCUUUGUGAUGCUGGGGCCGAAAGAGACCAGCACCGACUACCAUGAACUGGGCCGCUCCAUCGCGACUCUCAUGUCUGACAAGCUGUUCCACGAGGCUGCGUAUCAGGCGGACGAUCGGCAGGAUCUGCUGGGUGCCAUUAGUGAGUUCUUGGAUUGCAGCAUUGUGAUCCCGCCAUCUGAGGUGGAGGGGCGCGAUCUGCUCCGGUCGGUGGCUUCCUUCCAGCGGGAGCUGCUCAGGAAGCGGAAGGAGCGGGAGGAGAGCAAGGUCCAGGUGGCCACCCAGAGCGUGCCCAGUCUUCCAGGAAAAGAGAUGUCAGUGACGUCAUCAGGCUCCGAUGGUGCCCCGGAGGAUGACCCCCUUAAACGGACAGGCUACGUGUUUGGGGGAGUUUUCCGAGAUGUGAGGCGGCGGUAUCCCUUCUACUGCAGUGACCUGAUGGAUGCCAUGCACUCCCAGUGCUUGGCUGCUGUGCUUUUUAUCUACUUUGCAGCCCUGAGCCCAGCCCUCACCUUUGGGGGGCUGCUGGGGGAGAAGACUGAGGGGCUGAUGGGUGUGUCAGAGAUGGUGGUCGCCACAGCUGGGAUCGGUGUUCUCUUCUCCCUCCUGAGUGCCCAGCCACUGCUCGUGGUGGGCUUCUCGGGACCCUUGCUGGUCUUUGAGGAAGCUUUUUUCAAGUUCUGCAACGCUCAGCAGCUGGAGUACCUCACAGGCCGGUUUUGGGUUGGCCUCUGGCUCGCUAUCUUUGUGAUUAUACUGGUGGCCGCGGAGGGCAGCUUCCUCGUCCGAUACAUCUCACCCUUCACCCAGGAGAUCUUUGCCUUUCUCAUCUCCCUCAUCUUCAUCUAUGAGACUUUUAACAAGCUCUAUAAGGUGUUUAAAGAGCAUCCUAUACGGAGAUCCUACCCUCCAGAUUCGGAAUUGGAAAAGGCAGUAGAGUAUAGCCUAGAUCUGAAUUCAAGUGCUCUGCCCCCCACGGAGGGCCCACCAGGCCCCCGGAACCAGCCCAACACUGCACUGAUAUCCCUCAUCCUCAUGCUGGGGACUUUCUUUAUUGCCUACUUCCUGCGGAAAUUCAGGAACAGUCGCUUUCUGGGGGGAAAGGUGCGCCGAAUUAUUGGGGACUUUGGGGUCCCAAUCUCCAUUCUGGUGAUGGUUUUGGUGGACUUCUUUAUCAUUGACACCUAUACCCAGAAACUGACUGUCCCCACCGGGCUCUCAGUGACUUCCCCGGAUAAGCGCGAUUGGUUCAUCCCACCCAUGGGAAGUGCUCGACCCUUCCCGCCUUGGAUGAUGGUGGCGGCCGCUGUCCCGGCUCUCCUCGUCUUCAUUCUCAUCUUCAUGGAGACACAGAUCACUGCGCUCAUUGUCAGCCAGAAGGCUCGUCGGCUGCGCAAGGGUUCAGGUUUCCACCUCGACCUGUUGCUGAUCGGCUCUCUGGGUGGUCUGUGUGGGCUCUUUGGGCUCCCCUGGCUCACGGCUGCCACUGUCCGAUCUGUCACCCAUGUUAAUGCACUGACUGUUAUGCGCUCGGGCAUUGCACCUGGAGAAAAGCCCCAGAUCAAAAUGGUCAGGGAGCAGCGGGUCACGGGAUUCCUCGUUGCCUGCCUUGUGGGCCUGUCCAUAGUGGUAGGGCCAGUGCUGCGUCGCAUCCCGCUGGCAGUGCUGUUUGGAGUUUUCCUCUACAUGGGGGUCACCUCUCUGUCAGGGAUAGAGCUCUCACAGCGCGUACUCCUCAUCUUUAUGCCUGCCAAACACCAUCCCGACGAGCCCUAUGUGACCAAGGUGAAGACUUGGCGUAUGCACCUAUUUACCCUUAUCCAGCUGUUUUGCAUUGCACUUCUCUGGGUGGUCAAGUCCACAUCCGCUUCAUUGGCCUUUCCCUUUGUGCUGCUGCUCACGGUACCCCUGAGGCAUUGCCUGCUGCCUCGAAUUUUUCAAGAGAGGGAACUUCAGGCGCUGGACUUUGAAGAAUCUGAACCCAACUUUGAUGAAGAUGGCCAGGAUGAAUAUAAUGAGCUCCACAUGCCAGUGUAAAAACUGGAGAGGAGGUCCAUCUGAUACCAUGGGGAUGAGGGGAAGCCUAGGGAUUUCCCCCAGCCUAGAAAUGGAUCCAGCCUCUUCACUGAUGAGACAUCUUAUUGCUCAGAGAUGUGCCUGGCGUUACGAUGACCAACCCUCAAAGCAGAGUGACCUUCCUGACUUCCACCCAGGACCUCAUCUCCAAUCCCUCCCUCCCCCAUUCCAGACCUCCACCCCAAUUGAGCUUUGACCUCAUUACAACCAGACGGCCUCUCA